AUGGACUCAAAGCCCAUCGCCAUGAAGCUGGAAUCACUCUACCCAGAGCCAUCUCUCCAUCUCGACUCACUAUAUCAAUCCCGCAUCGAGGACCUUUUGUCCAAAAUCCAAGUUACAAUCCAACCAAUCUUCAUGCCACGCGUACCAAAGACGUUCUUAAACCCAUCCAGCGCACACUAUUUCAUCAGCACGCGCGAAAAAGCACUGAGAAUGAGUUUGGUUGAGUACGGCAAGGGAGAGGAGAAAGCGUAUAAUGAUGUAAAACCUUUCCUCAAAGAGUUGGGCCAAAUCAACUCCGAGAACGACGAAGGACCAUUCGUGUUGGGUAUAGAAAUAUCAUAUUCAGAUUUGAUGGUCCUGGCGCUAUUGAGGAUGAUGGAUCGACUUGAUGGUGUUGAGCGAUUCUGGGCCAUGGAGGGAGGAGAUCCCCUGAAGAAGGCGUACGAGGCGGCAGGGAAGUGGCUCGAGCGGGAUACGUACUGA